AUGGUGGUGGGCGUGUCUUUGCUUCUAAACAAGGGAGAUUUUAAAUCCGAAUCAGAAAUGAUCUUACUGUUGUCCAGAGAAGGAACUAAGAGCAGAAGCCAUCGAGAAAGAAAGCGAAGAACCCGAAGGCUUUGUUUACCGGAUCCGUGGGCCUCCAUGGAAACGGAGAGUAGUCCAACUACAGUGUUACGUUGUUCUUGUUUUCGUUUUAGUAAUUUUCCAACGAUGAAGAUGAAUACGAGGUUUAGCAGGGAAAUGCACGAUAUGUACAAUGUCCAUGGUCACGCUGGCAAUCUUUGUAGGGAGUCGAUAUUGGACGGUAUAAACAAAAUAAUUUGCUCAAGAUCAAAAUGUCAGUCGGCGCAGCCUAUAAGCGUGGCCGAUUUCGGGACUGCCGACGGCGUGGCUUCUCUUGAUCUCGUCAAGGAAAUUAUAGCGACAAUACAAACAGAAUUAGGGAAGGAACAAGCCAUUAUCGUGUAUUAUAACGAUCAACCGAUGAACGACUUUAAUCUUCUGAGCAAAGUUAUUCUAGGCGAUGGUCCGGGUUCGGGAGUAAUGGUUACCGGCAAUGUGUAUCCGAUGGUUAUACCUAGAACUAUGUAUAAACAAUGUCUCCCAAACAACUCCCUUGAUCUGGCCAUGUCCUCAGUGGCUACGCACUAUAUGUCUACACAGGUUUGCCAAAUAAAAGAUGGAGUAUUCGUGGAAGAGGCAGAUGACAGCGAACAAAGAUUGAUGAGAGAGCAAGCAAAAACAGAUUGGAGAGCUUUUGUGAUAUCACGGGGACGGGAACUGAAACCUGGAGGUUACCUUGUUACACUGAACACAUCAUUAGACGAGAAAGGAAACAGUCCAACACUCAAGGACAAUGGAAAAGUCAUAAUGGGGGACACUGUGUCCGAAUUAGCGAAAGAAGGCAUCAUAACACAGGAAGAAUAUCUUGGCAUGAACUACAAUGCUUACUAUGUGAGAUCAGAAGAAGAUUUUAAAGAGCCAUUUACAAGUGCUUUACCAGAUGUAGAGAGACUUGGUUUGGAGCUUGUGUUGAUAAAACACUAUUUACAAAGUCCUUUACCUGAUAUUGUAAACAAAGAUGAAACAGAGAAGCUUGAAUAUUCCCAUAAAUUAGUCGCCAUGGUCUAUCCCUGGAUGUAUCAUGUUAUUUAUGGAGGGUUGUCUAAAUCCAGAACCGAGGAGGAGAAAGAGAUGAUAAUUGAUCAAUAUUUUCACAGAUUACAGACUUAUGCGUUUGAUCAUUCUGAUAACAAACUGUACCCCAGCUUUACACAAGUUGUCAUAAAAAAGAAAAUCAUGUAA